UCCCCGCCGCUGCUGCCGGUCCGCCUGUCGGAUGUCGUAAUGGUCAGAAGGAAAACAUGUCAGUGUUCUGCAAAAUGUCGCUUGAAAACCAGAAUAUCUCGAGACUGAUGAAACUCGCCCAGAAGUUCAACUGUUUCUACUUGUCAGGCUUGAAAUCCGAUGAGUGCAUACCAUUCAUAGUCGAAGGCUUCCAGGUUGGCCUUGUCAAGCCGGACGUUAUCAAACAGUUGGUCCGAUUCCCAGAGGUAUUUAAAGUGACCCCUGUGUUUGUGGAAUUGAACCCUGCGUUUAGGGAGUACGAGGAGAGGACGAACAAGGUGAACGAUGUGCUGAAGCAGUUGCGAUGCGAGGGAAAGUUCAUAGCUUUGAAGGGCUGGAGGGAUGAGUGCUACGAGGUGCGUCGGGAGUUCAACACGGAGAGCCUUCUUCGCAUGGACAGAUCCGCUACGUGCCUCUUCGGUAUACGGAACUACGGGGUGGACAUCAACGGAUACGUGAAACAUCCUAAUCUGGGUCUCUGCAUCUGGAUGCAGCAGAGAUCGGCGACGAAGCAGACGUGGCCCGGGAAAUGGGACAACAUCAUCUCGGGUGGUCUGUCCGUCGGUCACGGUAUCCUCGAAACGGCGCACAAGGAGGCUAUGGAAGAAGCGUCCGUUCCUCCGGAAUUGAUGAAGAACUUGAUCAGCGCUGGAUGCGUCUCAUUCUACUUUGAAUCGGAACGUGGACUCUUCCCCAACACCGAGUUCGUGUACGACUUAGAACUUCCUCUGGAUUUCGUGCCACAAAACCAGGACGGAGAAGUCGAGAAGUUCGAGCUGCUGCCUGUGACCCAAUGCGUGGAACGUCUCUUCUCCCCAGACUUCAAGACUACAAGUAUACCAGUCAUCUUAGAUUUUCUCAUCAGACACGGUCUCGUCUCUCCAGAAAACGAACCUUAUUACACGCGAAUAAUCGAACUUCUGCACGUGCCGCUCCAGAUGAUCUACAACAAUCACAAAAAGAAAACAAACAAGGAAAACGGACAGAGCAACUUCAUCGACACGUAAACACAAUCCAAAAAAAGAAAACCCGCUGUUUAUUUCAUGUGCAGCAAAAAGGAUAAUCGACUUUAACGCGCCUUAUAUUUUAUAUAUAUAGAGAGAGAACAAAAAUGAGUAUUCGUUGGAUGGACACGACGCAUUUUUCAGCAAUAAUUUUUUUUUUGAGAUUACCAAUCAAGUCAACAUUCCUUAAUUAUUAUUAUUUUUUUUUUGUAAAAGCUUCGGAUAAAUUUCCAUUUUCUUUAAUUUUUUAUUUUGUUACGGACACGUUUCGCGUCGAAAGUGUAGGGAAAGGUGUGUUUGUGUGUGAUUUCUUCUUCUUCUAUUGUUUUUAUAUAUAUACAAUGAAAUUUUAUACGUAUUUUACUGCGACUAAACCAUACAGUUGCGAUUUUUUCCAGUAAGCUUAAGCUGUACUUAAAACGCUUGUAUUUUGUUUUUUUUUUGUUUACUUUCAUUGCCGUAGUUACGUGUAAUAAUUACGAUUACGCCCUCUCGAUUCGUGUACAGUCAAAGGACAACAUUUCUUUUGUUUUUUUCUUUGGUUUUGCUUCGAUCGAGGAAAUGAAUGUUUACAGUAUAGAUUUUUUUUUUACAUAAACAUACAUAUAAUUAUAUACAAUGAAAUUUUAUACGUAUUUACUAAAACAAGAACAGAACAAAAAAAAAAACGCGUGUAGAUGAGAUUGUGCGGUUUCGUCUUAAGACAGAAGCAACAACAACAAUACUUUUGUAAAUUUUCUGAAACCGUAAGCUUAAGCUGUACUUAAAUCGCUUGUUUUUUCUUUAGGUUUCGUUUGUGAUACAACCAUCUCCUAUAUACGUACUUAAUUUAUUCGUUGUUCUAGUUCAUAUCUUUAUUUUAUUUUUUUUUCCAAUUAUUAUUGUAUAUUUUUUUUUGGUCAUGUACAGUUUACUCGUUUCCUAUUUUGGUGACUUAUAUAGAUAUAUAUCAUUAAUUAUUAUUAUUUUUUUUUUGUUCUAGUCUAGUCUUAAUUCGAGAUUCGUUUUGACCACUUUAUUGAUUCGUAAUUAUUAGUGUACAUCUUUUGUUUUAUUUGUUUGUUUUUGUUUUAAAAUUUACUUUUCGUGCGGUGUAGCAUGAUGAGAGCACAUGGAGAAAAUAAACUGGAAUUUUACUUUUUAUCAAUCAAAAAAAAA